UGCAUAUAGCGACUCCGGAAAAACAAAUUUUUUUUUCUAAGUAACAUAUUGCACUACGCUGCAAAGUAUGCAAUGCAUUGUUGGUAUAAAUAGUAGCAUAGCAAGUGCACAGUUAAUAUUAUCUACAAGUACAAAUGAUAUUACCCACACAACAACGCGUGAGUUGUCUAUAACGGAAGAGAAUUGUGUAUGGAAGCGUAAUGAACCAACUGUGAUGGCUUUUAUGGUUUAUGCCUUCAUUGUGCCAGUGCUUUCGUGUUUUGGAUUAUGUGCAAAUUUCAUGAAUGCUAUUGUUUUUAUGCGUCCUAAAAUGACGCCAUCAGCGUUUUCCUACCUUGCUGCGCUCGCCUGGCUUGACUGUCUCUCCUGCUUGCUGAUAUUGCUAACCGCACUUUCGCGUAGUAUAUUCUUCAACAGUCAUAUCUGGAUGGCAUACGAUUUUCAAUUGCAAACACCAUUGUUUGGUAUUAGUACUGGAGCAGCGAAUCUUUUGUUGGGUAGCGUUAGUUGUGAUCGUUUUAUAUACUUGCGUUAUGGAUUAAAUAAUGGUAAUGUGCCGCCGCGUUUUUGUCGACGCAGAGUAGCGCGGCGUGUUAUUAUUGUGGUUAUUUUUACAUCGGUGUUACUGAAUUUGCCAUAUUUCUUUAUUUUCGAGGUCAAUGAUGAUGGCACUUUCAUAACACACCAAUUAUACUACACUACUUAUUACAAAAUACAUAAUUGGUGCACCUUCAUACUGCUAACAAUUCUGCCGGCGUUGUUCCUUACUAUAGGUAAUAUAACAAUAGUUAUAGUUUUCCGGCGUUGGACAAAGCAAAGCAAAAAAUGUCAUCAAAGGAAUGGAAAUGUUAAUGCAAAGAUAAUGCGGAAACGCUAUCGUCAUCAACUUAAAUUAACAAUCACCAUAAUUAUACUUAUUGCACUUUAUAUGAUUGGUGAAUUGCCUGCUGCUUUGACUUCGAGAAAAAAUGCACUGAAUUUGCUUUUCGGUGGCGAUGUAAACCGUGUAAAUUUUCAAUUAAUGGAACAACUCGAUAUGAUUUGCCUAACGCUAAACGCGCUACAGCUUAGCAUAAAUAUAAUCGUUUAUGCUGUCAUUAAUCCAUCCUUUAUGCCUGAAUUUUUUGGUUGCUUACGCAGUGCAUCCGAUUUCUGUUGUGGCGUAUUUUGCUUGACACCACUGAUAAGAUGGAUGAGUAGCAAUUGUUGUAAAGCGCCAAGUAAACCAGAAAUGAAUGUAAACGUCAAUGUACCGUCAGUUACUGAGCAUGAAAUUGUAACUGCACGCAAUGAAUUUGAUUUCUCAACGCUGUAUGCAGAUGAAGGGAGAACUGUUCAUCAGAAUAGUGCACGUUGCAGUGUCACCAGUAGCGUUAGUGCAAAUGGCAAUUGGGAUACAGAGCCAGAAGAAGAUGGAGGUGUGCUUGGAUUUGACUUGUAUCGUUAUUGGCGAAAUAAUGUAAAUACGCCGGGUACUCCGAAACGUUAUCGUUGUAGCAAUGAGUAUCGAAAAGAUAAGCAUGAUCAAGUUUGGACUACGAAUACAGUCUGGAAACGUUCCAGUUCAUUCGGUAAUUGUGGUUGCGAUAAUCUAGCGCUAGAUGUAGUUGCAAUAGGUGGUAAAAUCAAGCAGGAACAACUAGAAACAACUGAGAGUUGUGAUUAUCGUGUAACAACGCCGUCGUCAAAACAAAAAAGGCAUUCAUUGGCUUUUUAAAUAAACUAAAAUUAAUCAC